AUGUUGACUACCUUUGAAGGUCUAAGUUUCCUCUUUGUUGAUGAUGAGGGCACGAAGAUGCAUGCUUUCGUGGACAGAGAAGAUCAGAAACGGAGAUUCAGGGGACUACUUCAUGAAGAAGAUUGGAGGAGCAUAACUGGUUUCAAAGUCCAGUUAGUUAAUACAGAGAUUCGAUUGACCAAACAGAGGAAAGAAAUUGUUCUCACGCGUGAUACCCAAGUUUCUAACUCUGAGUGCUUUAAUGGUUUCAUUCCUCUGGAUCUUAUUCCAUUUGGAGAUGUUUAUCGUUCAGCUGUUCAAGACGGAACAUCUUUCCUUAGAGGUGGUAUAAACGUUGAAAGUGUGCAGGGUAUCUCUACUUUUGAUUUUCAUCCAACCGGUCACUUAGAGGUGGAACACUUCGAAAAUAUAUUCCUUCAUCCCACAUCCGAUGAUAGUGACGUUGAACUCAUGGAUGGUUGA